GCACUGAAUUUGCUUUUUCGGCGUAUCGAAAAUGGCGGCCAUCACAACGAGCGGCGAUCCGCAAGCGGAGCAGAUCAAGCAGUUCAAAGAUUUUCUCGUCUCGUACAACAAACUGUCGGAGCUGUGCUUCUCGGACUGCGUGCACGACUUCACGGUGCGUCACGUGCGAGACAAGGAGGACAAGUGCGCCAUGAACUGCAUGGAGAAGUACAUGAAGAUGAACCAGCGCAUCUCGCAGCGCUUCCAGGAGUUCCAGAUGCAGACCAACGAGGCGGCCAUCGCGGCGUCGCAGAAGGGAUUCCGCUAGUGCGAGCCAGACUUGGCAUCGUCAGCCGGCUUUAAGUUCAAGGAACGAACUAUAUCCGUCAGAAGAUGUGUGUUACGGGCCGUGCAAAGACUGCCCUGCACGAAAGUCGUCACGUUAAGCCAUCUGUCUAGCUAGCGACGGCUCUGUAGCUAGCUGGUCUGUAAUGCCAUCUAUGUUCUGUGAAAAUCCGAACGGCCGUUGUCCAAAUCUUGGAAAUUUGGUCCCGUAAUUUUGCGUAAUUGAGACAACAUCGGAGGUCCAGCGCUAGACCUGAAAAGAAAUGUGUACAUCAAGAGGGAAUUAAAUGUGGAUGCAGACUGGGUAGCUUAUACUAAA